AUGAGCUUGCACUCGUGCCUCGUGCUUGCUCAUCGCGGAAUAUGUAAGACGAAUUUCACGCUUGGUUGGCCGGCGAAUCCAAGAGAUGCGGUUACGAUUUCGUGCUCUUUCCAUGAUCCAACAACUGUCAUAAACAUUUCCACUUCACUCCCACGGUCACCCGAUGAGCCUGCCUACCUACGACCUUCCCCGCCAUUCGUCAGAUCCCACGUCAAAUACGAUCAACUCAAGAAGCCCCCAAGCCGGAUUCGGAUAACCUGUUUCUGGCAACACGAUCUCAAAGCCAUGUUGGGUUUCGGGUCGACCUCUGCAGGCGUUCAACAACAACUCUCAACCAUGGUCCUGAGCAUGUUCAAAUCCGUAAUAAAGCGGGGCGAACGCGUGCCCAAGCUCGUUGGGUAUGGGCAUGGCGUGUCCAUUGGCCGGGUGAGGUAUCAGGUCGAUAGGGAGGCUUUGACGGUUGAUUAUUCGAUUUUACCCGACGAUGAAGAUCAUUUGGGGGUUACGCCUGAACAGAUGCAUGGUGUGGAUGAAGUUCAGGUGAUUAGGGAACAAAGAAGGCUGACGAGGAGCGUGGAGUGUAUUUUACCCUCUUUGGAGGGUUGGGACGUCCUCGUGUCCGUGAAGGCUUCGUCAGAGGAGCUGGUCAUCGAAGUAUCAGGUGCAAGUCGCGGCUUAAGGCUUAAUGGGCUCCCAAAGACGAUAUACGAUUCCGAGCCGAGGGAUCCGCAGAGCUACGGUGUCCCGCAGGCGAUAUUGGCGGAUAUUGCGAGUGCGGUGGAUUUGAGUGUGCAGACGUCUGCUUCUUCGUUGAGGACGACGGGUACGAGUGUUGUUGAGUCGAAGGGACCUGGACAGGGACAGAUGGAGAGGAGUCCUGCGGCGGAGAAGACGAUAUUGUCGAAGGUUAGGAGGAAUUAUAUUUAUUUCUCAUCGCUUCUUCAAGAGCCUGAGGCAAAGUGGAGACGGACAACCGAAGCUCGAGGUGUAUCAAUAACACAACUUGACUCGAUCGACCCAACACUGGUUGUUUACCGUGCAGAAGCGACAUUUGUAGGUGUGGGAUUGUGGGAUUUGUAUGGGGCCGUGAUAAGUCCUGGAGCGAGGAUUUAUUGGGAUAAGCAACAUGAAGAUGCUGUCCUUCUGGAGGACGUUAAUGAGCUUACAGAAAUGUGGCAUUUCAAGACAAAGCGUGCUUGGCCUGUUACAGGAAGAGACGCAGUAGUCCUUAAAACUGUAUACAAAUCCCCCACUACAAUCCACGUCUUCUCCUUCUCCGUUGACUCGGAUUCACAUCUAUUCCCUCACAUACCUCCCUUGGACCCAAACACCAUCCGCACCCAAGUCGACUUACAAGGCUGGGCCAUCGAAUCCCUCUCCCCAACCACCACACUUCUAACCCUCCUCGAACAAUCCGAUCCGAAAGGGUGGACCAACAAAACGAGCGUUCUAAGUCAGAUGAUCAAUCCCUUAGCUGGCAUUGGCGAGUUUGCGAUUAAAUGUGGUGGGCCGCCGGUUGUUACGCGUCUUGGGGGAGCGAAGAUGAAUGAGGUUAGGUAUGAUCAUGAGAAGGGGAGUUUUAAAGUUGAGUAUGAGGUUGCUUCCAGUCGAAGGAUGGGGUUGUCUUCUUCCAGUAGUGGUGGUGGUGGAGAGGAAGGAGAGAUGGACUCGAACGCGCCUAAUAUCGAAUGUGAGAUUAGAUGCGACGUGGACACUUGGGCAUCAUCACUCGGCAUCGUCGUUGACCCGCCUCCACAAAGUAUUUCCUGCCUUCGACGACACAGGCUUUCCCUUGACGGUGGUGGGCUGUGGCUUACGCUCUCGCAUGACUCUGUUCGUGGAGGAUGA